UUUAACAAUGGAACAUGACGGUGGUGGCGACCUUUUCGGUGACACCAGAGUAUCAAUGAUUCUUUUAGGCGUUGGAUCAGCUGCAUUUGUGACUGCAAUCUACCAUUGCGUCUCCGUGGGUUGGUGCAGCCGCCACGUCCCCAGGCCGAGCCCAUCAGAACCCAGAACUUUAACGCCCCAAAACGUCGAGAUGGCUAACAUCACUGAGAACCUAACGGGCCAGCUCAUCCCAGCCCACAAAUACCAAAAGGGUAUGGGCUUGGUGGGCGACGACGGCCUUUGUUCAGUGUGCUUGUGUGAAUUUGAAGAGGGUGAGGAGCUGCGUACUUUGCCAGAAUGUUUGCAUUCAUUUCAUGCACCAUGUAUUGAUAUGUGGCUUUAUUCUCAUCCCAAUUGCCCUAUGUGUCGCGCGGAUGCGGUGCCUUCGCCGCAAAUUUUUCCGCCGUCGGAACUCAGUCCGGUCGGGUUGGAGCCCGAUAUGUUACAGAUCGUCGUACAAUCUAGAACCCGAGUGUUGGUUUGAUGGCGAAAAUGU